CCUUGGUUAAUAUGUAACACUCAAAACACACUUGCACUUUGUUUCCCCAAAUAAGUUUUGGACUUAAUGUUACUCAGGAUGGAUGGUUGUGCGCGGCAACAUUCCCAGACACAAAUAAUGGCGACAAACAAGAUGAAGAUGGGCCUCGUUUUUGUGCUCAUGUUUCUCGUCACUCCGGCGCAGCAAGCGCCGCUUCCCUAUUCCAGCAUUUUGAAUCUCUCCUUCAAAAAUAUGGAUUUUGCGAUGGACCUUUACCGCAAAAUCUCCACUUACCACGACAAGAACAUCAUUUUCUCCCCUCUAAGCAUUUCCACCAGUUUUGCCGCCCUCUCCAUGGCCUCUGAUGGUAGUACGUACGAGGAAAUACUGAAAGGGCUCAAACUGGAGAACCUGGAGCAAGCGGACCACCCAGAUCUUAUUCCCAAGUUAUUCCAAAUGCUCAAUGGGAACAUCUCGCAGAAUGGAACGACGAAACUGGACCAAGGCAUGUCCCUCUUUGUCGACCAAAAGUUUAGAAUGGAGAAGACUUUUGAGGAACAGAUGAAGUCCUAUUUUUUGGCAGACAUUAAGAGUGUAGACUUUGAAGACACAAACGCAAGCGUCAGUCUCAUUAAUGAGUAUAUAAAACACAAGACGAGGGGCAAAGUGACAAAAAUGCUCUCAGCAAUUGAUCCAAUAACCGAGCUCAUGAUGAUCAACACUUUUUACUUCCAAGGUGGGUGGAAAAUGCCUUUCAACCCCAACUACACAUACAAUGCACCUUUCUACGUCGACAACUACAACAUUCCACAAGUGCCAAUGAUGAUCAAAGAGGACAAGUUUGAAACAAUGGAAGACACUCGCCUUGGUGCCCGUGUGUUGAAACUGCCCUACCUGGAAGGUGUGGCCAUGCUCAUCCUGCUGCCUAACAAAGGAGUGGAUUACAGCACUAUCGAUGAUGAGAUCACUGCAAAGAGAAUGCUUGGUUGGAUCAAAAAACUGCAAAAGACUAAACUGGAGAUCAACAUCCCCAAAUUUAAGAUGGAGGAGUCGUACGCUUUGCAUGAGAUUCUCCCGGAUAUGGGUUUCACCAAUCUCUUCAGUGGCUCCGCCAAUUUGACUAAGCUGAGCAAGGACCAAGGCCUUAAGGUUUCAGAGGUGCUACACAAAGCCGUCGUUGAUGUUGAUGAAGUGGGGACGACCGCAGCGGCUGCCACAACAAUUGGCAUUAUUCCCUACUCUUUACCGCGGACUUUCAUUGUCAACCGUCCGUUUUUCUUCUUCAUAUAUCAUGAAGAGACAAAAUCGCUGUUGUUCAUGGGCAGGGUGAUUGACCCCACCAAAAACUAGCAGCCGUGACUUGCUGUACUUUGACUUUGGAAAUGCGUUAGCACUUGUUUAUUCAGGCAAAGCUUCUUAAAGGUCAGACUUAGUUUGAAAUUCUUCUGCUGGUAUAUGAUGUAAAAGAUCCCUGAUAUGUAAUAAAACGCUAUCAAAAGU